CUUAGCCAUUAUUCGAUAGGGCAUGAUCGGCUCUUUCGUUUUCAGAAUGGUACAGAGUUUCGUGUCGGUUGUGUAGUUAAUUAACGUGAUAAAUACAAAAUUCAGUUUCGUAAAACUCAGGAGAAAAGUGAGUUACACUAGGGAGGGACCGAUCUCAAUAAUCACUCGAUAGAGAAACCGACAUCAAUGACCAUACCGACAACAAUUCAUCGGACAUUCUGUAUAUGAAACCGACUACCGAUGAUUGAAGGAAUUUGAAUGAGGAUAUGGGCACUAGAUCGGACAUUACUCAAGAAUCUUUCGAUAGCGACGAUGACUUCUAUGACAUUUCUUACAUGUUUGAAAACGCCGAGAGUAGGUCGGACAUCGUACACGAAAGUACGGAAAAUCCAGAAGACCAGCAGCCAGUUCAACAUUCCAACAUCCUAGAAGGAUAUGCAGUGAUAGACAAUGACAUUCCAUCAACCCCUACAGCAACAAAUGAAAUAAUACAGAACGAAAAGAACGACUUGGAGAAAUACAAGGAACUCGCUUACCUCUACUUCUCGAAAUUCGAGGACUUGGAGAAGGAAUAUAAAAAUAUACAGAGGAAACAAGCUGAAAGUAACCGCAACGCUAAAGAACUCGCUGAAAACCUUGACAAGGCGAAGAAACAGCGAGAUGAGGCGGUCAAAGAGAAGGAAAAUAUGGUUAUAAAAUAUGCAGUGGGCGAGAAAAAAAUUCUGGCUGAAAGUCAGUCCAGGGAAAAAGCGGAAAAAAAGUGCAAGGAACUGAAGAGGGAGAAAGAAAUCCAAGAACACAAAGUACGAACACUAAUCUCCGAGAAAGCAAGAAUAUGUCAAAUGUUCGACAAUAAGGUCCACGAACAGAAAGCUCUUCAACAGGAAUUCGAUCGCUUAAAAAGCGAAAUGUCCUCGUUGGAAAACGAGAUGAAAUGGUGCCAAAACAGUUUGAAGAACGAGGUAGAAGCUCAUCGAGACAGUCAAAAAACGAUAGAAAACCUCAAUAGAAAACUGGCUGACUGUGCAGAUCAAAUCGAACAAGUGAAAAAAGAAGCGCAAGAAUCCAUCAAAUCGUUUAAAUAUUCAGAAGAAAACCAGGCUUUCCUUCUAGACCAGAAGUGCAAGGAACAGCAAGCUUCACUCAUCCUACUCAAGCACGAAAGAGACGACCGGGAAAAUCAAGUUAAAACUUUACAAAUCGCUUUGGAACGUCUUCAAUCUAAACAUCAGGAUAUGCUGCAAGAAAAUAACGAGUUAUCUCAAAAAGUGCAACAAUUGGAACUUGAGAGAUUAGAUUCCAGGCAAAAACUGAGCGAACUUAGAGGAUGUGCUGAUCAACAGCUCCAAUACGCUGCUGAUUUGCAAAUGAAAACUGCACAGUUAGAACAGUACAAACUACAACUUAUAAACGAGCAAGAACAAUUGAAAGCGUGUGAAGAACAAAUGGCAAUCUUGAAGUGUAGGAAUUCCGAUCUAGAAAGUGAUAUUGAAGCGUGUAGAACCAGGGAAGCUGAACUUCUAUUAUUCACGCAACAAUUGACGGAUAAAAACGUGAGACUCCAAUCUGAAUUCACCGCCCUUGAAACAAGAAUCCAUCAGCUAACUUCUGAACAAACCCAAAUAAAGAGAUCGACGAAAGAACACGAGACAAAGGCAGCCAUGCUACUCGGGCAAUUGUCGGAACAAAAACAGAAAUACCUGGAUGAAAUAGAUACUUUACGGAAAAGUUUGAACGAGGAAAAAGUACAGAACGCAAAACUUAAACAAGAACUGUACGAUCAGAAAGGGGAAAACGCCAUAAUAAAAAGGAAACAUGAACUAUCGCUGAAAGAGGUGCAGAAAGAACUGAACAGUUGUAGAAAAAGUCUGGAGGAGUACAAGAACACAGAUCGGAGUACUAGUUCAUCAAGGUCUUCACUCAGUGGUGGUGUUACCGAAAAAGGUAAUGAAGGCUACUCAGAAGACAACGUAAAGGUCAUCCAGCCUGAUGGUGAAAUUGACCGACAAAUAUUGAUCGAACACAUCGUCAAAUUGCAGAGGAUAAGUGCCAGAAAAUCCGAGAAGAUAGAUUUUCUAGAAGAACACGUCAACACCCUUAUAGCUGAACUGCAGAAGAAAUCGAAACUUCUGCAAGUCUACAUGUUGCGAGAACAGGCUGGUACUUUAACUUCAGAUAAAAUGGACAAUACCAAGGCUGACUUGGCCAAACUGAACGGUAUUAUGGCCUCUAUGUACAGUUCUAGAGUGGCCGAUGAGAAUCUCACAUUAGAACUUUCGUUGGAUAUCAACAGAAAGUUACAGGCGGUCCUUGAGGAUGUGCUUUUGAAAAAUAUCACCCUCAAAAAAAGUGUCGAUACUCUUGGUGAAGAGAUAGAUAGGCUGAAUAAAUUAUUGAAAUCCCAUAAUUCCAAAUAAAUAUAAAUUGUAUAUGUAUAUGUCAA